AACAUGUUUGAAAUCGGCAGUUGUGACAUCUAUCUUGACCCGAAAUUAAAGGCUAAUCAGAUACCUCUACUAAUGACAAAAUAGUUAUCGCCGAAGCUGAUAUGAUUGCUCUAUUGCAACUUAAUGUGUAAGCCAGACACAAGAGUUCGUCUGGUUGGUUAGGUACCUGUUGGCCGUACUGCCCCCAUCUGAGUUGGCAUCUCAGCCUGCAUAUCCACGGCGAAUUGCAUGGUAGACUUUUUACAUUCAACCCGCUACACCUUAUCUUCAAAGCCUUAUAUUCUCUUGUUUUAUUGGAUAUAAAGUUGAAUAUAUGAGGCUAUGCUUUAGAAGCAGGCUGAGCACCGGUAUCACCAUAGGGAAACUCGGAAAGGGGGGUCGACCAAAUUGACAGCCAUAAAGCGCAUACGUUCCCUGCUUAGCAUCUCAGCCAAUAUUCUUAGAUGUCCCGCCUUUCCUAUCCCCAAUGUCUUUUACUACAUCUAGUGUGGCUCUAGCCACUAUCGUAUGCACAUAUGUUUUUACUUUCCUUGCCUUAGUGUCUUUCGCUAUACACGUAUUCCUGUGUAUUAAGAAGAGCAGACUUUCAUGGGAUGAUAUCUCGACCUUCAUCGCAUUUGCUAUGACAUUAGGCCUGGUGUGUCAAACUACCUGGGCAGUCAUCGACGAAGGCCAAGGCCAACACGUCUCGGAUGUGACGCGAAGCCAGUUUGAAUUGACGGCCAAGUCUCUACUUGUCAAUGAAGCUCUAUGGGCAGUUAUAAACAUGUUUAUUCGGCUUUCUGCCCUAAGCUUGAUUUAUACACUAUUUAAAAUAAAUCGGAUUAUGAUGAUGUGGACAUGGGCUUUCAUAGGUAUCUCGAUUGUGCAUGGAAUUGCUGCUAUAUUGACCGGUGUCCUCAUAUGCCAUCCCAUCCAGGCAUCAUGGGAUACACGGGUUCAAGGCACGUGCGGGAACCAAACUACAGCAUAUGUUGCGCUGGAGGUCGGCGGUCUCGUCAUUGAUAUAGCUAUUCUAGUCAUGCCGAUUAUUAUUGUUCUCAAGCUCACACUCAACAUAAGACGCAAGUUCGGUAUUAUCUUGAUAUUUUCAGCGGGUUCCUUGGUUACUAUCAUCACGAGCUUCCGCAUCGCCGCGUUGCAUCGAGUCACUAGUACUGAUUUCAGCUAUGAUCAAGGUUACUUAGGACUACUGUCUACCCUAGGAGCGCUUCUUGGUAUCAUCAGUUGCUGUUCAACUUCUCUUCCUUCAUUCAUCCACUAUCUUAGUCCAGGAGAGACUCGUCGACAUCUACCUCUGAACAGUCCUAGAUCCAAGCGAACGACUCACCAGACAGACAUUCGAGAGGCUGGACCCCUAAGUAAUCACUGCGAAGAAGAGGAAUGUGGUGAAGAGCAAAGCGUUAAAGAGAAGAGUAUUGUUUAGGCUUUGGAAAUCCGUAUAUCAAUAAAUCUAUAGCGGCAACGGAAAUACUUUAAACAGGUGGACUUAUAUUAGACAGAACAUCCAGCAGCCCCUAAUAGAGCUCUGCAUAAUGACCCCUUUCUUUUACUAUUCUUUUAUGAAUUUUAACUAAAUAGAUAACCAAAAACAUAAUAAACCGCAACGGCAUUCUAUGAUAAAAA